CCAAGUCUCCGUGCCGUGUCGUCUCCACGACUCCACUUGCUCUUCUUCGCUGGCUACUUGCGGCAGCAACUCCCAUCCCCACGCGCUCCCUCCCCUCCCUCCGAUAUCUGAGAUCUCGCCCGCCUCGACGGCGAGCGGCUGACGUGGGGGUAGAGGCCCGCCGGCGAUGGGGAACUGCUGCUCCGACGAGGCGGGCCAUAGCGGCGCCCACCCCGUCGGCCCCGCCGCCGCCAAAGCCGCCCAGGCCGCCUCCGCCGCGGCCGAUCGCUUCCUCCGCUCCCGCGGCGCUGGCGCGUCCACGCAGAUCGAGUUAUCUCUCUCUGCAUCAAAUUUGGGCGAUCAAGAAUAUUUUCCCAAGAUUAACCCCAUGGUGGUUCUGUAUUCCAAAAGGAAAGAUGGACCACUUGAAGAAAUUGGGCGUAGUGAAGUAAUUUUAAAUUCUUUGAACCCAUCUUGGAUGACAAAAAUCAGUAUGCAGUACCAGUUUGAGGUUCUUCAGCCAUUGGUUUUUCAGGUUUUUGACAUUGACCCACAGUUCCAUGAUGUCAGUGAAAAGAUGCUUAAGCUGGAGGAGCAAGAGUUUCUUGGAGAGGCUACCUGUCUUUUGUCAGAGGUUAUCACCAAGCGGGACAGGCUGUUGACUUUAAAGCUUGGUGUUUCUGAACACAACUUGCCAAAUCCUAGCAAAUUUGGUGAGCUAACCAUUCAGGCUGAAGAAAGUGCAGGUUCAAAAGCAAUCAUGGAGAUGGUAUUCCGCUGUUCGGAUCUUGAAAUCAAGGAUCUUCUCACAAAGAGUGAUCCUUUCUUGCUAAUAUCUAGAAUAUCAGAUAGUGGAAUGCCCGUUCCAAUUUGCAAGACAGAAGUAAGAAAGAAUGAUCUCAAUCCUAGGUGGAAGCCAGUGAUUCUGAAUCUCCAACAGAUUGGAAGUAAGGAGAACCCUCUAAUUAUAGAGUGCUUUAACUUCAGUAGCAAUGGCAAACAUGACCUAGUCGGCAAGAUAGUCAAAUCAGUUGCAGAAUUGGAAAACAUGUACCAUAGGCAGAAUGGUGAAAAUUUCUUUGUUCCUGCCAGCAAUGCACAUGAAUGUCACAGUAAGGAGGUAUUGAAGAGUCAGUUAUAUGUGGAAAAAUAUGUCGAGAGCAAUCGACAUACUUUUCUAGAUUAUAUUUCUGCUGGGUGCCAGUUGAAUUUUAUGGUAGGUGUAGAUUUCACAGCUUCAAAUGGAAACCCACGGCUUCCAGAUUCCUUGCAUUACAUUGAUCCCUCAGGUCGGCCAAAUGUAUAUCAGAAGGCAAUACUGGAAAUUGGUGAUGUUCUACAGUACUAUGACCCAGCUAAACGUUUCCCCUCUUGGGGCUUUGGAGCAAGACCUAUCGAUGGUCCUGUUUCCCAUUGUUUCAACUUGAAUGGCAGCACCUAUCAACCUGAGGUUGACGGAAUACAAGGAAUUAUGUCAGCUUAUAUCAGUGCACUUCGUAAUGUAUCACUGGCUGGCCCUACUCUCUUUGGUCAUUUGAUCAGCACUGCUAUGACAAUAGCUAGCCAAUCUCUUGCUGACAAUCAACAGAAAUACUUUAUUUUGUUAAUAGUCACUGAUGGUGUGGUGACUGAUUUUCAAGAGACUAUUGAUGCAAUCAUAAGGGCAUCAGAUUUUCCUAUGUCUAUCAUUGUUAUUGGAGUGGGAGGGGCUGAUUUCAAGGAAAUGGAGUUUCUAGAUCCAAAUAAAGGAGAGAAACUGGAAAGCUCAACCGGAAGGGUUGCAUCAAGGGAUAUGAUACAGUUCGCCCCAAUGAAGGAUGCACAUGGCAGUGGGGUGUCGACAGUACAGUCACUUCUUGCUGAGAUACCAGGGCAAUUCAUGACAUACAUGAGGACAAGAGAAAUUCAAACAGUUAGCUAGUAUAUGAUGCCCUCUAUCGGUAGAAGAUAAUCCCUCGAAUGUUCAUUGUUAAUAUGAUUUUGGCCUUUCCAUCGCAUAAUUUGUGCAAUUUCAAGGCAUGGGUGCAAGGUAGAUAGUAGGGAUGUGUUAAAAGGUAGAUGAAAGAUUCAUCUCCUGGAGAUGCCAACAUCAAAUUCGUGAGCUGAGCUGUAAUGGCCGGUAGAGGCAAAGAACCGUUAGGCCAGAGGAUCCAAGAAUGCUGUUUGUGAAGAGAUGCUAGGACCUUCACCAGGCCACCUUAUUCAUGUCAAUUUUUACGAGGCUUUAUUCUUGUUCGAGUUGGACUCCUAGGCUAGCAAUUCGUAAUUGGAAAGAUGUAACUGUCAUCUUUCUCUGUACCUGUUUGUAAAAUAUAUCUUUAGGGUUUGAAUUUUGUAUUACCCUCGUAGGUACCUUGGAACGAGGAGAUACUUUUUGGGAUUGUGUAUUCGAUUUUUCAAGUACCCACAACCACAACCACAAGCUGUGGCACGGCUGUUUGCUUCAUGUGGCGACUGGCGGCACAUUUCCUUUUUAAAGAUGAUGGAAAAUGUAGCAUAUGUUGUGAUCCA